GACGUUGAAUCCGAAAACCUUCAUCUUGGAAUUACCCGCCAGGGCUGGCUUCUUCCUACCGAGCUCUCGAUUGACGGAGAAAUUAAACAAAUCAACAAAUUGCAUACACAAUUUUGUCACCGCGAAUCAUAGCAUUCUCAUUUGAGCAAGUUUGGAGCAAAAUGUCGAAUAUCGUUCAUCACUACUGGUUCGACAUGCAAAUGAUAGGGAAUUUCCUGAGCUUUGCUUCGAGAGGAGACCGGGUUGGAUUGAAUGAGAUGCUGAGGCAGGGAAUGCCACCCAACGUGCAGGACUACGAUAACCGAACUGCGCUUCAUCUCGCCGCCAGCGAAGGUCAUGCCUCCAUCGUCGAGCUUCUUUUGGCCUACAACGCCGACGUCAAUCUCCGGGAUCGAUGGCAACGAACUCCAUUGGCAGAUGCAAAGAUGUAUCAGCAUCGAGAUAUCUGCAGGAUCCUUGAACUAAAUGGAGGCAGAGAUCUUAUGGAAGACCAUGAGAUGCAUGUCUGUCAUGAGGAUGAUCCACAGGAGAGCAUUGAUAUCUCUGAGCUGAAUUUACAGAAUUCAUCCAUAAUCAAACAGGGCCUAUUUGGUGAGUCAGAAAAGGUCAAGUGGCGUGGAACAUGUGUUGUUAAAACAGUCAUCUCCAGACACAUACAGCAUCCUGUGAAAAUGGUGCUGACUGCUAAGGAUAAUACUCUUCUUGGUGAACUUCGGCAUCCAAAUAUUUUGGAAUUUCUUGGAUCAAUAGUGCAGGGUGAAGAAAUGAUUUUAAUCACUGAACACUUGCCAAAGGGCAACUUGGAUGACCUUUUGGCCAAAAAAGGGAAGUUGGACCCUGCAACUUGUCUUCGUUACGCACUUGAUAUUGCUAGGGGAAUGAAUUAUCUUCAUCAGCACAAACCCCAACCCAUUGUUCACAACCAUUUGGACACUAGGAACUUGCUAAUCGAUGAAGGCGACCAAGUCAAGAUUGGAGAGUAUUGGAUUCAAAUGUUGUAUGAGCAAAUACACCCAAAUUCUGAAAAGUCUUGGUUAGCAGAUUCUUCUGACAACCUUGAUGCUUCAUAUGACACCAACAAAGACAUCUAUGACUUCGGACAUAUCUUUCAUCAGAUGUUGGAAGGAAAACCGAUCACCAAUAUGUAUGACUAUAUGCAUCUGAAGUCUGUUGAGUUCGAGAAGAAGUUCAACUUAAGCGGGUGCCCGGGGCGAAUCUUUCAACUGAUAAAACAGUGCUGUAGCAAAGAUAGUUGCCAAAAACCAUCAUUUGAGGCAGUGAUAGAGAUUCUGGAGGAGGUUAUCUUGCUGUUUAAAAUUGCUGGUUGUAAUGUUUGUUAACUCCUGAUUAGCAUGUAUAUGUACUCGUGUUAAAAACAGACAUCAGCAAUCGUGUUCCAUGUGUGAUUUUAGACUAUUAGAAUAAACCUUAUGAACAAAAUCAGUUGAUGUAUCAUAAAUAAAUAUAAAUACAUAAAUAAAUAUAUAUACUAUGGUGUUCCA